UUCCGCUGGGAAACUUGGUCCAUGUAUGCUGUUCAGUGAUUCCGAUGUAGAAGCAGUCAUUUGGAGUGACAGGGAACGGGGAACUAACGGCUUGGCACUGGACAGAGGGCACUCUGAGAUACCGUAUCGCUUUCACUAUGAACUCUUUCACACAUCAGCUCAGCUUCUGUAUAACUUAUCUGGUUUUGUUUGCUUCAUCGCCUGGUUUCGGCUCCAAUAUCUGCACGUCUCGAGGGGUCAGCACCUGUAAGCAGUGUUUGGCUGUCCAUGCCAGCUGCGCCUGGUGCUUCCAGGAGGACUUCGGACAGGGGACAGCGAGCUUGUCCCGCUGUGAUCGCAGGGAGAACCUGGUGGCGGCCGGGUGCAGAGCAAACGCCCUGGAGUUCCCGUCCAGCCGGCUGCGGGUGAACGAGGACCUCCCGCUGAGCGACAGAGCCUCCUCAGCAGCUGCUGAUGUCACACAAAUUCGGCCUCAGAAGCUACAGGUCACCCUGCGGCCAGGAGACUCGCAACGUUUCACUGUGAAGGUCCGACAGGUUGAGGACUACCCUGUGGACCUCUACUACUUGAUGGACCUUUCCUAUUCCAUGAAGGAUGACCUGGCCCGCUUGCGCUCGCUGGGCAAUGACCUGGCCCAAGCCAUGGGCCGCACCACCAGCAAUCUGCGCAUGGGGUUUGGGGCCUUUGUGGACAAGCCCAUGUCCCCCUACAUGUAUAUCUCCCCCAAGGAGGCGGUGGAGAACCCCUGCUUCAGCAUCCAUAUGACCUGCCUGCCGCAGUUCGGCUACAAGCACGUGCUGUCGCUGACGGAGCAAGUAAGCCGCUUCACGGAGGAGGUGAAGAAACAGAGUGUGUCCCGCAACAGGGACGCCCCCGAAGGUGGCUUUGAUGCCAUCAUCCAGGCCGCGGUCUGCAAGGAGAAGAUUGGCUGGCGUCAGGGUGCCUCCCACUUACUGGUGUUCACCACGGAUGCCAAAACCCACGUGGCACUGGACGGCCGCCUGGCAGGAAUCGUGCAGCCUAAUGACGGGCGCUGUCACAUGGGCAACGACAACAACUACAACAUGUCGACCACGCUUGAUUACCCCUCCUUGGCCUUGAUAACCGAAAAGAUGUCAGAGAACAACAUCAACCUGAUAUUUGCUGUGACCAACCACGUGGUGCCCCUUUACCAGAACUACAGCGAGCUGAUUCCGGGAACCACGGUGGGCACGCUGUCGGAUGACUCGGGGAACGUGAUCCAGCUGAUCCUGGAUGCUUACGCGAAAAUUCGCUCGAAGGUGGAGCUGGAGCUGCUGGACGUGCCGGAGGAGCUGUCCCUGUCCUUUAACGCCACCUGCCUGAACGGGGAGGUCAUCCCGGGGAUCAGGUCCUGCUCCGGCCUCAAGAUCGGAGACACCGUGUCCUUCAGCGUGGAGGCCCGGGCCCGUAGCUGUCCCACAGACAUGCGCAAGACCUUCACCAUAAAGCCGGUGGGCUUCAAGGACGCACUGCAGAUCACCGUGGACUUCGAGUGCGACUGCAAGUGCCAAGCACAAGCACAAGAAUCCAGCCCGGCGUGCAACCAAGGCAACGGCACCUACGAGUGUGGCAUCUGCCUGUGCCACCCAGGGAGGCUGGGCCCACGCUGCGAGUGUGCCGAGGGUGACUACAGCCCCACAGAGCAGGACCACUGCAACGCCAGCCCCGACGCGCCCGUCUGCAGCAGCCGCGGUGACUGCGUCUGCGGCCAGUGCGUCUGCCACAGCAGUGACUUUGGCAGGGUGUGGGGCAAGCUCUGCGAGUGUGAUGACUUCAACUGCCUGCGCUACAAGGGCGAGCUCUGCUCAGGUCACGGCAAGUGUUACUGCGGCUUCUGCCAGUGUGAUGCUGACUGGAAGGGUGAGAACUGCAACUGCUCCACACGCACAGACACCUGCAUGUCCAGUUUGGGCCUCCUGUGCAGUGGGCGUGGCCAGUGUGUCUGCGGCAGCUGCGACUGUACCCAACCAGGUGCCUACGGAGCCACCUGUGACAAAUGCCCCACCUGCCCCGAUGCCUGUACCCUCAAAAAGGAAUGUGUGGAGUGCAAGCACUUCAAAAGAGGGAAGCUCUUAGACGAGGGCACCUGUGGUCGGAUCUGUCGGGAUGAGAUCGAGCUGGUGGAGGACCUUGUCUUCCAUGACAAAAAUGCUGUGAACUGCACAUAUAAAGAUGAGAACGACUGUGUAGAGCGGUUCCAGUACUAUGAGGAUGCCAGCGGAAAGUCCAUCUUGUUUGUGGUCAAGGAGCCAGAUUGCCCUAAGGGGCCCGACAUCCUGGUGGUGCUGCUCUCCGUGGCUGGGGCCAUCCUUUUCCUGGGCCUGGCGGCACUGCUCGUUUGGAAACUGCUGGUCACCAUCCACGACCGGCGCGAGUUUGCUAAGUUUGAGGAGGAGCGGAGUCGCGCCAAGUGGGAUGCGGGUAACAAUCCACUCUACAAAGGAGCCACUUCUACCUUCACUAAUGUGACCUACCGUGGCAAAGACUGACACUGGUCCGGGACAAAAAUGUUCCAGCAAAACUCAGGGGUCAAAAAGGUGAAGGUUUCAGGAUGGGGGGACUUAUACUGUUUUUGAGCUUCUUUUAUUGUGGGGUGUUUUGUGUGCAGACUCUACUGUCGCAGGACAGAAUAACUAAAUAUUUUCAGCAAUUGUAAAUAUGUAUGAUAAUUUAAAGAGCAGAAUUAUAUUAGGACUAGUGACACGUAAAUUACAGGCUCACCACUGGCCAUACCCCUCUGUCUUUUCCGUACAGCAACAUUCAACCUGCUGAUGAACUAUGGGAAAGAAUCUCACGUUCACCCUUUGCUGUAGGAUUCUGUCGUAAGAAGCAUAAGGGCAGAGAAUUAUUUUACAAAAGGAAAAUCCCUCCAUCACUAAUGUCCAGUUUCACAAAUUAAAUCCCCUACACAUAACACAAAACACAGAACGAGAGGUGGAUAUGUCCACGUGUGAUCAGACAAUGGAUCCAGUGUUAGCGGAAUGCUAAUGCUGCACAUUUUUAAUUUCAUCCUUAUUUGUACAUUUAUACAUUUUGAGAUGUAGGUAUGUACGAUUUAAGCCAUGAAUCCAGAGAUACCGUGUUUGCCCGUCACUAAUUGAAAGUCAAGAGUCUUCAAUCUUAAUCAGAUAUCUAUUGACGUCAAAUAUUUUAAUAGCUUGGAAAUAAAAACAAAUUAACCCAGAAAGGAAAUUUUUUUAACUUAUCAAUGAUAAAUUACUUCUUUAACAAGUCAUACCGUGUCACACUAGAAUGUUGGGCGUGAACAUCUACAGACGGCUUAAGAAAUUAAACAAACGGAGUGAGAUGUUUCAUAACUACAGCCCCAGAAAAAAUUACGAGACCACAGCACAAUUUUUUUGCUUCACUUCUCAAUGUAUUGGUGUGCGUCUGAGAAUAAUAUAUAUAUUUUUUGCAAACUG